CGAUUCUUUACGUGUUGAGUUCGCGCCAAGUUCGCGCAUAAGAAUCCCUGUCCUGUUUAUAAAUACGGGCCUAUGGAGUGUACAGUCCAUAACUCUUUUCUUUUUACUCCAUAAAAAGCUGACGACAGAACAGUAACAUGAAGUUUGAAAGGGGUAUACGGAGGUAAAAAUUGCCGAUCGCGUCUACACAGGAACGUUUUUUGGUCGUUUCGCUUUACAUUUGAAGGUUGAAGGACAAGCAAAUGACAAGUGAGUGUUUUAUGGUGAUGGGAGUCGCUUUUUAUAAAAUUGUCGAUUUUUGGUUGGUUUUAGCAUGGUUUUAGCUUACGUUUAGCGAGUUGUGUUUGUACCUUAGUUAUCUCUACUUGUAUUUUGUGCUUGUUUUUACCUAUUUGCAGAUAUUCUAAAGAUGCGACGAAGAAGUAAAAGAGCGCAAGUUGUAAAUGAUGUUAAAAACGAGUCACCAAAAAAACCUCGAAGUUCUGCAAGGCGGAGAAAAAGAUCUUCAUCAAAAUCAAGCGACGAGAAUGAUACACAAUGUGAAGAGUUAGUGCAAAAUACAGAACAUUUACAGGACGAUCAAGAUCAAGUAGAUUCAAAAAUAAACAAUUCAGUUGAUGAGGAAAAUGAAGAUAGGCAUGAGGAAAGCGAUAAUUGCGAUAAAGGUAAGUCAACAGGUAUGAAUGAUACAAACAAUGAACAAACUUCAAAUAACAUUGAACCUGACAAUGAAUAUAAUGAAAAUGUACAAUCUAAGGAGACUCAAAAUGAUGAGAGUCAUGAGAUCUUAGAAGAGAAUAGUGAAUCUAAUGAGGUAAAAACAACAGAAGUAAACGAGUUGAAAUGUAAUGAAGACAAUCCGGAUAACUCAGCUGGUCAAACCAACGGUGACAUAAAAAAUAAAGAAGAAAGGUCCACUACCCCGGAGCCAAAAACUACGAAUGAUGUAAAACCUGAAAGACAGCGUAUCAUUUUAAAAAGAUCUCCAAUUGAUAAAUAUCAAAGGCCGCCCUCACCUUUGGAGGAUGGGGAAAUUCAAGAACCCAAAGAAAAGUCCAGAAAAAUUACUUUGAAAAGACGAACUACUGAAGAAAGUAAUCCAGAGUUUGACAAAAUAAUUAUUAAUAGAAGAUCUUCAGCUGGAGAUGACAAUUCUGAUAGACGGAAGAGAUUGAGCAGUGCCACAGAGGAAAAUAUACUCACUGUAGUAGGUAAACCAAAUAAACCAUCACAGAUGGUAAAACUAGUAAGAGAUUUUACCCAGGAACAUUCUGAAGAUUCCGAAGCCCUUCAUCGUGUUCGUAAAAAUGUUUGGGGCAAGUCCGAAUUUUUAGAUAAACUUUCUUCAAAUACAUACAAAAUAGAUAUAAAUUCUAUCAAAGUAGUUUGUCCAACUGUAGAAUUUCUUAAGGAAUCAGAGGUCAACCUUAAAGAGUUCUAUGAAGAACCAGUGCAUGUAGACAGUGAGAUGGGAAAGAAAAUGAAAGAGGAAGAGGAGAAAUCGGAGGAAGAAUCGGAAAAGGAACCAAGUGAAGAGGAAGUUUCUUCUGAUGAGCAAAAAAUAGAAGCCAAUCCUAAUAUAAUUGCUCUAAACAGAAAAAUCAGCAUAGUGGAAGAUACUGCGGCAAAUAUGAAGCCACCUCCUAGCCCAGCGAAACAUCCUGUCUCUGAAAUAUUAUAUAUUACUAAUUUGGUUAGACCAUUCACAGUAAAACAGCUUAGGGAGUUAUUAGAACGUACUGGAAAAAUUAAGGAAGAUGGUUUCUGGACUGAUAGGAUAAAGUCAAAAUGUUAUGCUGUUUAUGAAAAUCUCGAAGAGGCAGAAGCAACAAGAAAUGCUUUACAUGGUGUAUAUUGGCCAAUCGGAAAUGGGAAACAAUUGCUCAUUGAUUAUGCAACGAAAGAAGAAAUGGAAGGGGCGAGAAACCCUGUGUCCUUACCAGCUACACUUAUUCAGAAAUUACCCGACAUAGAAAAUAAGGAACCUAACUUGGCAGAUGGUAGGCAUAGGGAAAAGGAAUGGAACAGGGAUGUCGAUAAGACAGAAAAGCGACGGGAUAUGUCCACUCGCGAUUGGGACAAGGGUAAAGAGGAACAUCGCAGAAGGCAUUCACGAAGUAGAAGUAGAGAAAGAGAGAGGAAAAAUAGUCGUCGAUCGUACACACCAGCAGAUCACAACAGGAAAAAGUUAAAAGUUACAGACGACUCGGUUCCCCAAAAAUUAAUGGAUGAUCUGUUUUUGAAAACAAAAGCGAUGCCGAGCAUAUAUUGGCAGCCCCUUUCUCCACAAGAGAUCGCGACGAAACAGCAACAGCGAUUGGUCAGAAUGGAAGAACAUAAGAGGAGAAUAGAGAGCCGAAGCCGCAGAGAGAAGGACCGACGCGGUUCUUUUAGACGGCGCUGACAUUGGCGCUGCUCUAAUUUUUUUAGCUUUUUCAGGACUUGAAUAAAGUUUUUUUUUUUCGUUUGAAUGCUAGAAGUGUGAAUGUUUGUUUAUUUACUCCUUAGUAUUUAGGUACCUCCCCUAGGGUCUUAACUUUUUUUUUGAUUAGAUGGAUGUGUAAAGAAUGAAUGGUUUUAGGUUUCAGUAAUCUGAUUGUUAUAGGUCUUCGUUUCUGAGUGACAGCAACGGAUGGUCCAGCCUCAGAGAAUCCUUCUUAUGGAGCAGUGGUGUUUCUCUUUUGAAGGGAGUCGGGAAAGUGAUAAAGACCUGCUUUUGUCAUUUGUUUUGGAGUUAGUAUUUUUGAUAUUACGUCAAAUUGAAUGCCAUCAGUUUAAAAAAUAACUUAAUACUGCAUGACAUUGACUUGUUAAUUAUAGCGAAAACAACAAUUUAG